GCUUAUAAACAGACCCAUACAGGCAAGAAACAGCCUUAGACCCGUGAAGAAAUGCAAGUGGAUACAAGAGAAAUUGCAGAAGAACUGUAAAAGCUGGUUUUGAUGAUCAAACUGCAUUGCUAAACAGCUUUUUGGGAUAUGAUGACAAUUAUUGACACAGAGAAUUCAGAAAUUCUGCAAUAAAAUCACAUUGUUAGUCAGUAAUUUCAAUAGUCCGGGUCUGAUUCUACAAGAGGAGAUCUGUGGAUUUUCCAGAGACUGGUGCACAAAUUCCAGAAAAUAAAUUCCUUGCAUCUUUAUCCUGCAUGGUGUCUUCUUUUAUUUUUUAGAAAUGAAUUCAGACUCGGUCGCAAUGACAGAACUGCAUGGAAAGAUGCAGGAAAAGGAGACUGUGUGCAUCUUUGGAACAGGUGAUUUUGGACGCUCGUUGGGGCUCCGUUUGCUCCAGUCAGGGUACAACGUUGUAUAUGGAUCCCGGGACCCUAAAAACUCUCUGCUGCUGCCUAAGGGGUCAAAGGUCAAGGCUCAUGCAGCAGCAGCUUGUGAAGCACAUGUGAUUUUUGUGGCUGUGCAGAGGGAGCACUAUGGAUUUUUGAAGUCUCUGGCUUCAACUCUUGAGGGAAAGGUGCUGAUAGACGUCAGCAAUAAUCUAAGGAGAGGUCUGUACCCAGAAUCUAAUGCCGAAUACCUGAGCAGCCUGGUUCCAGGGGCGACUGUAGUCAAAGCCUUCAACACCAUCUCUGCCUGGGCACUGCAGUCUGGGGGACUCGAUGCCAACAGACAGGUACUUAUCUGUGGUGACCGGGCUGAUGCUAAACAGCAAGUGGUGGACAUUGCUCAAAGUCUUGGUUUCACAGUCCUGGACAGAGGCUCCCUCAGAGCAGCUGCUGAGUUAGAAGAUCUGCCAUUGCAACUCUUCCCUCUCUGGAGACUGCCUUUCUGCAUCGCCCUUUGUUUAACAGCUUUCAUAUUCUUCUACGCGCUCACAAGAGAUGUUAUCUAUGAGCGUGUUACCAAUGGUAAAGACAACGCUUUUCGCAUUAUGAUCUCGCUGGCCAACAGGGUCUUUCCCAUCGUCUCCCUGGUGAUGCUGGCCCUCUGUUAUCUGCCGGGUGCAUUGGCUGGAUUCCUGCAGCUUUAUAACGGCACUAAGUACCGUCGCUUUCCUAAUUGGUUGGAUCGCUGGAUGCUGUGCAGGAAGCAACUGGGCCUGUUAGCGCUGGCCUUCGGUUUUCUUCAUGUUCUCUACACUUUAGUUAUUCCCAUCAGAUACUAUGUGCGUUACAAGAUAAAUGUCUACACUAUAUCAUUGAUAAAAGAUAACAAAACCUAUGAGUUUGACAACACAGCAGCCUGGCGUCAUGACUCUUACUAUUCCAUGGGAAUUCUUGGAUUUGGGCUGUUUGUCCUAUUAGGAAUUACAUCCCUUCCUUCUGUCAGCAACUCCUUAAACUGGAGGGAGUUCAGUUUUGUACAGUCUAAACUGGGCUACAUGACCCUGCUGCUCUGCACCGGUCACACAUUUGUGUAUGGCUGGGAUAAAUUUCUGAGAACUUCAUCAUAUAGGUGGUGGAUGCCUCCAUCAUACAUGUUGUCUCUGGUGGUCCCCUGUGUGGUUCUGAUCCUGAAGUUAAUCCUGAUCAUGCCAUGCGUGGACCGCAAGGUCACCCGUAUCCGUCAAGGUUGGGAGAGACAAAGCAAGACUUCAUCAAACUGCAACGACACAAAGACAAACCAACCACUCAUGGCGUAGCCAGAAACUGUCUUCAAACUUUAUUAACUGUUGGACUUGCCCUACUGCUGAAAAUGAGGCUGAGUUUAAAAUGUUGCAUCAAAAAAGUUUAUAAUGGCAAAUCUGAGUACAGAGAUGGAACUGAGGCUUAAUUGAACAACUGACAUGGGACUUGACUUUGACUCAAAAUUUGAGACAACAUACAUCCUUAGGUCUACAAAAAAAGAAGAAAUAUUUUUUUCCUUCUGAUUGAUGAUCACUUUCUUGCUGACUUUAAAAGACAAUUAGAUUUGGUUCUCGAUUUUGAUUAGCAGAGCACUGAUAUUUCAGUUCAACAGCACUGGGACUCUAUUUUUGCAUGUUCCAGAUAGCCUGUCACAUUUUUUUUUGGAGACUCUUUCUGCAGAUUGCAGUGUUAUAAAUUAGCCAUUGAAUCAUUCACGUUAAAUUAACCAGUUCAUUAAAAAAAACACUUUUUUUUUAACAUUCAGGAACAAAACACGUUUAUGGGGGGAAAAAAGUCAUUGAAGUCACUCCACCGAGUUGUUCAAAACAUUGAUUCACUGAUUCACUGUGGAUGUCUUUAUUCAGUACGAAUCCCUGGGAGAGCAAAAACUGUUUAAAUGCAAGCAAUAUUUUUUUUCACAAAGAAAAAUAGCAUUCUUGCUCAUGUGAUAUUGCUUAAUUUUUGGCAUAAAACUGAAGAUUUUGUCCAUCGGGAAUUGACUGGAUGGUUGUGGUUUGCUAUUGGUCAAUCUCAUGUGAGCGACAGGUUGUCCCGCCCAUGCGCCAGUAAACGUGUCAUCGGAGAAGAGAUGUUGUUACAAGAGGGAAAGGAAGUUAUUUUGAUUAAAGAUCAUGAGUGCACAUGAAUUUUAAAAAAAAAUAAUUAUAUGUGAAUAAAUCGUUCAUAAAAAAAUACUUCAACACAUUCCAUAAAAAAACAACAAAAUUUUCACUUUGUGACUAAUUUUAUUACAACUUAUUAAAUGUAAAAGACCAAUUUAAUAGAUUCCCUUUCAAAUACAAAAAUCUAGAAAAAUCUCAAAAAAAUACCUGACUUGGACUCGUGACAAAGACUUGAGAACAUGUCUGCUUGAGUGUAUAGCAGCCCAAAUGAGCGAUAGAGAGAGUUUGACUUCUCAAUACACCUCACUUCACUGGUGAGCGGCAGUUUCAAAUUACAGUUAACCGACCGUGGGAAAUUCUUUGGAGUUGAUCCUCCAACUCACACUGGUGAUUCCAUCUCACAUGAUCUCACUCUAUAACCUACAAAUUCCAUUCCCCUUUACACUUGGGGAACAGUUAGAUUGGUACUCACAAAUGCAUAUUAUAUUAUGACCACAGAUUUAAAACAACAUAACCAAUCCAUAUCAUAUAUGUUCAUAUUAGAAAUUGUCUAUCCCUUUUAAAGAAUACAAAGGUGGCAGGACUUUUAUUAGAGCACACUUUUCUGUAUUGUGUAAAGUACUUGUCUUUUUUAUUACCUGUUUCCUCUGGGCUAUUUCCUCUCAAGAGCCUCCCAGUGGGCUUUUCCCUUUAGAUAUUAUCGAUCCAAAACUGAGCAGCUACUUACUUCUUGAUCUGUUUCUGGGUCUGGGCUUUCCUGUCUGCAGAAAAGCUCAUCUUUCUCUCUCUUCUUAAGUAUAAAGGAGCUGUCAAUCACAUUGGCAUUCACCUUCACUGGUGAACGGCCCUUUAUGUACUUUUAUGAAGAAUUGCAGGCUGCAGACAUUGUAGCUUAGUCCAAAAUAGAAAGGCACAUUUUAUGACAAAUAUACUGAGUCUGUAAACACACAGUUGAAGAAAAUGAAUAACUUCUCUUAUUCUGAGCACAAAACACUGUGAGUUGAUUUAUAAAUAAAUAUUGGAUAUUCACUGAUUGUGCUUUUAUUUUGUAUCACUUAUAGCAAAUCAAAAUAAAAACUGUAAUGCAUGUCA